UACAGUAUAUAUGUUUUUAUUUAGUUUUAGUUGAACUUUAUUUGAUCUGGACUUGGACUAUGGGAAUUUACACUAUUUUAAUUGUUCUGGCCGUGACAUGUUUUAUUAUUUUGAUUCUUAAACUUUUAGAGCUUUUGGAUUACUCUUAAGAAUGGUCUCACAAUAGAUGCAUGCUGUAAUUUACUCGGCUUUUUUUAACUUUUAUAUGUUCUCUACAGGAUAAAAAGAAGAAGAUGAAGGCUCUUAUUCUUGUUGGAGGUUUUGGGACUCGUUUAAGACCAUUGACUCUCAGUUUCCCAAAGCCUCUUGUUGAUUUCGCUAAUAAACCAAUGAUCCUACAUCAGAUAGAGGCACUUAAGGCUAUUGGAGUUGAUGAAGUCAUUUUGACAAUUAAUUACGAGCCAGAGCAACUGCUAGUGAUGUCGAACUUCUCAAGGGAGGUAGAGACAAAUCUCGGGAUCAAGAUCACCUGCUCGCAAGAGACUGAGCCUUUAGGUACAGCUGGUCCUUUGGCUUUAGCCAGGGAAAAAUUGGUUGAUGGCUCUGAUCAGCCAUUCUUUGUCCUUAACAGCGAUGUUAUUAGUGAAUACCCGCUUGAAGAGUUUAUUGCUUUUCACAAUGCUCAUGGAGGAGAGGCCUCUAUAAUGGUGACAAAGGUGGAUGAGCCUUCGAAAUAUGGAGUAGUGGUUAUGGAAGAAGCCACAGGGAAAGUGGAAAGGUUUGUCGAAAAGCCGAAACUAUAUGUUGGUAACAAGAUCAAUGCUGGGAUUUAUCUUCUAAAUCCUUCAGUUCUUGACCAGAUUGAGCUAAGACCAACUUCAAUUGAGAAAGAGAUCUUCCCCCAAAUCGCAGAAGCUGAAAAACUCUAUGCAAUGGUGCUUCCUGGAUUCUGGAUGGACAUUGGUCAACCACGAGACUACAUUAUUGGUCUUAGACUUUACUUAGACUCUCUGAGGAAGAAGUCUCCUUCAAAGUUAGCCAAUGGUCCACACAUUGUUGGGAAUGUUCUAGUGGAUGAAACCGCAGAGAUUGGAGAAGGGUGUUUGAUUGGCCCUGACUGCGUCAUUGAGUCCGGGGUUAGACUUUCACGAUGCACGGUGAUGCGUGGGGCACACGUGAAGAGGUACUCGUGUGUCUCAAGUAGUAUCAUUGGGUGGCACUCGACGGUCGGACAAUGGGCUAGGGUCGAGAACAUGUCCAUACUUGGGAAAAAUGUUCAUUUGUACGAUGAGAUUUAUUGUAAUGGAGGGGUUGUUUUGCAUAACAAAGAGAUCAAAUCAGACAUCAUGAAGCCAGAUAUAGUCAUGUGAUGACCAGUCAAAACUAGCUAAAGUGAUACUAAAGAUUUUUGUUUAUACUAUUCUUUUACA